CUUGUUAAAAUUCCCAAAGUUGAUCUCCCAAAUGAAGUACAUAAUUUUAACUUCUACUUGUCAAAUGUUGGCAAAGAUAAUCCUCAGGGAAGCUUUGACUGCGUCCAGCAAACAGUCUCAAGUUCAGGAGCAUCUCAACUUAGUUGCUUGGGAUUUAUACAGGAUAAAAUUACAGUAUGUGCAACAAAUGAUUCCUAUCAGAUGACCCGAGAGCGCAUGACCCAAGCAGAAGAAGAAUCACGCAAUCGAAGUGCAAAGGUUAUUAAACCCGGAGGACCAUUUGUAGGAAAAAGAGUUCAGAUAAGAAAAGCACCACAAAGCAUUCCAGAUGCUGUGCCUGAGAGGAAGCGAUCGACACCCAUGAACCCAGCCAAUACGAUACGGAAGAUGCACAUGAAUAACAUUGUUUCUCAGCGACCGUACAGGGACAGGGUGAUUCACCUGCUCGCACUGAAGACCUACAAGAAACCAGAGUUGCUCGCUCGCUUGCAGAGGGAUGGUGUUAACCAAAAGGACAAGAAUUCCCUUGCAGCUAUCCUUCAACAGGUAGCCAACUUGAAUCCCAAGGAUAACUCUUACACUCUGAAGGAUUAUGUAUUUAAAGAGAUUCAGAAGGACUGGCCUGGAUACAAUGAAAUAGAUAAGCAGUCAUUGGAGUUAAUACUUGCUAGAAAAGUAAAUUCAUCUAAGAAUGCCACCAGCAGCAGUCAUAUGGAAUCUCCAGUAACUUCUAAUAAAGAUACUGCAUCAACUUCUUCCCAGAAACGGCUUUUGUAUUCUGACUUCAUUGAUCCGCUAAUGAGUAAAAAGCCCCGGAUAUCUCACCUCACCAAUCGGGUGCAGCCAACUUUCAACAGUCACCUGCCUCCUGCCUCCAGCGAGAAGGCUGCUGCAGCCCCACUGCCGCCACCUCCCCCUGCAGCCGCUGCCCCUCCUGCUCUUCCUCCACUUCUGUCCACUCACCUGCCCGGCUCCAACCCUCCGCAGAAUGUCAACUCCAACUCCCCCAGCACUCCCGAAGGCCAGGGGACUCAAGAUCUGCCUGUAGACAGCUUUGGUCACAAUGGCAGCAGCAUCUAUGAGGACCAGCAAGAAAAAUAUACCUCUAGGACUCCUUUAGAAAUGCCAGCAUCCACUGCAGUUCAGUUAGAGUGCGCAAAGUCCACAGACGAGAAGCAUUUGGCGUUGCACAAAAAAUCCAAAAAGAAAGCAAAAAAGCAUAAGGAGAAGGACCAAAGCAAAAAGCAUGAUAUUGCAGGUGUGGAUGAAAAGGAAAGAGAUCUUAGGAAAGAGGAAACUGCCAAGCUGAAAAGCUCCUCUGGUUUGGAGUCAAGUGAAGGAGUUAAAGAAACUUGCACUGCCUCUACAGAUCCUCCUUCAUCCACAAGUGAACUACCAGACUACUUCAUAAAAUACAUAGCUAUAGUCUCAUAUGAGCAACGCCAGAGUUACAAGGAUGACUUCAACGCAGAGUAUGAUGAGUACAGGAACUUGCAUGCUCGGAUGGAGAAAGUCACUAGGAGAUUCAUGAAACUUGAUGCACAGCGGAAACUUCUUUCUCCAGGAUCCAAGGAAUAUCAGAUCCUUCACGAGGAAGUCCUGGAAGAGUAUCGGAAGAUAAAACGGUCUAGUCCCAACUACCAUGAAGAGAAGUAUAGAUGUGAAUAUCUUCAUAACAAGCUGUCUCAUAUUAAAAGACUAAUAGGUGAAUUUGACCAACGGCAAGCAGAGUCGUGGCACUAGUCUCCUGCUUGGACCAGAUGUGAAUGAACCUAAGCUUAUUUAUUUAAAAAUCCAAAUGAGUUGCUCUAAGAUUCUAAAAAGAUUAAACUUUUGCAUUACAAAAGUUUCAGUAUUAGCAGACUUGAGUUACUACUUUUGUUGUUGAUGUUGCUUAUGUGCAUAUUUGAAGCUGCUUUUUCUGGUCCCUUCUUUUAUUCAAGACUUAUGUUUGUCCAUGGAAAUCAUUUUAUCAGUAGACACUGGGGAUCCAGUACUUCUACUUUGAAGUUGUGCACAUUUUAAGAGAAUAUUGUAGCAAAGUGAAAUGCUUUUGGAUAAAUAUAAGGCUGUUUUCUGACCUUUCUUGUUAAUGCAAACUCUUUGCCUUAAAUGGUAGAAGGUUUAGAAAAAAUUUGCACAAAAA